AUGGGCAACACCUGCGUCGGCCCUAGCGCCACCGGCCGCAACGGCUUCCUGGCCAACGUCACCCUGUGGCGGCCGCGCGGCGACGACCCCGCGGCAGCCCCAGCCCUACCGCCGCCCUCCUCCCCCGCCUCCGACAAGGCGCCCGAUCCCGUAACCAUCCCGGAAUCCGAGCAUUCCUCGCACCAUUCAUCCCGAUCCACCGACUUGCCACCACCGGCCCCCGCCUCCCAGCCGCAGGCGCAGGACAACCCUCCGGCGAAGAAGCCCGCGCCCAAGGUCAAGCGUGUCCAGAGCGCGGGCCUCCUCGCGGACUCCGUGCUCAAGCGCGACGUUAACACGGCCCGGCUCAAGGACCUCUACACAAUUGGCAAGAAGUUAGGGCAGGGUCAAUUCGGCACCACCUACCUAUGCGUCGAGAAGGCCACCGGCGGGGAGUUCGCCUGCAAGUCCAUUGCCAAACGGAAGCUGCUCACGGAGGAGGAUGUCGACGACGUGCGCCGCGAGAUCCAGAUCAUGCACCACCUCGCGGGUCAUGCAAACGUCGUCUCCAUCAUCGGCGCCUACGAGGACGCCGUCGCCGUGCAGCUUGUCAUGGAGCUCUGCGCCGGUGGCGAACUUUUCGACAGGAUCAUCCAGAGGGGCACUAUUCCGAGAAGGCGGCCGCGCAGCUGGCCAGGGUGA